UUUAUAUGAAUCACCUAUAGUUCACUUCUUCUCUAAGCAUCAACAACCCACAAAUCAAUAUUCAGAUAUUUGAGCUGUGUAAGUCUUGCUUGGUCAGUUCAGGUUACAUUCAUUAAAAUAUAAGCUGAAUUUGCCAAUAUAUCUAUCUGCCACAUAGCCGUCUACUUUAUUUUUUUCUUUUCGUUUUCCUUGAAAUGAUGGCGAACGAAUCUUCACAAAGUCUAAGUCUGAAGGUGCUGGUGGAAAAGGAGAAAAAUCAAGUUGUUUUUGCCGAGUCCAAUAAGGAUUUUGUUGAUGUUCUCUUUAGCUUCAUGACUAUGCCUAUAGCAACCAUUAUUACACUCGCCCGCCAACACUCACUCGAAGUGGACAUUGGUUGUUUGAACAACUUAUAUGAAAGCGUGGAGAAUAUUGAUGAGGAACAUCUACAAAGCAUGGAGUGCAAGGACAUGUUGCUUCAUCCUCGAAGUGCAGCGGAAAUUUACUGCACGGACCUAAAACUGAAUUUUGUUAAUAGUAAUACCAAGUAUUACUAUGCCUGCAGUAAGGAUCACUGUUUUGGUCCUUACCUCAAUGCUCGUUGCUAUUGUGGAAAUUCCAUGAGUUACGCAUAUAGCCUAAAUAAUCAUCUCUGUGUACCUCGAGAUGGAGGGGUGUUUGUGAAAUCUACUGCAAGAUUUUUGAUAACUGAUGACUUGCUUGUGAAGCCCUUGUCUACUAUGACAGGCUUGACCCUGCUUAGUAAGUUUGGAGCUACUGAUAGAAGCACAAGAGAAGAAAUGACUAUAAACAUAGAAAAGGAUAAGGUAAUGAAAUUGCUCAUCUGUUCAUUAACAUCAAGGACACCGUUCUCGGAGACCAUUUUGGAACCAGCCAUUGACAAAAAGAAUUUUGGCUUUUGCCACGAAAAAUAUGAUCCAAGAAGCAUGAAUCAAUCUCAAAGUGCUGUAGAUGCAACAAAAAAAGAAACAAAGAUAGCUGUGAAGCUUAUCAUCAACAAAUCAAAUAACAGGGCAUUGUAUGUAGAAACAAGACAAGAUUUUGUUGAUCUUAUUGUCAGUUUCCUCACAUUUCCACUUGGUUAUCUCUUUCAAAAAUUUUCAUGUUUGUCCUCGAGGGGAUGCUUGGGUAAUCUGUACAAGAGCAUCGAAGCUUUGGAUGUUGAGGAAUUCUUCAAAUCUGAGGAAAUGAAGGCAAUUUUGGUCGAUCCAGAUCUGACUCGUGGUUUAGCUUUGCAAAAGCAGCUUAUCCCCAUCGAGGGAGCUUCAUAUCCGUCUUACUCUACUGUUUCUUCCCUUCUCUCUUACUUGGGUCCGGCGUUCCCUUCAGGGGAAAACAUAAUUGGUCAAGGGUUCAUUAAAGGACCUUCCCUGUUCAUGGUGACAGACGAUUUGACCAUAACGCCUUUAUCUCCUAUCUCAGGCAUAUCUUUUAUUGACAAAUUAAAUAUCCCUCUGAGUCACAUUUUAGAGCAAGAAGUGACCAUGGGUGAGGAGGAGGCUUUGCGUCUAUUGGAGGCUGCUUUGGUGUCUAAAACUGCUCUUACUGACACUUUCAUACUUCAAAUUUUAAGCGGAAAGUUCAAACAAUUGAUUCAUGAAUGAAGAAGAAACUCUUAAGAAAAUUCAGUAGCCAAUGAACGCGGUGUCAAUCAUUUCCUUUCAUGGCAUUUAUGUCGAUUUCUUUCGUUGUAUUGUUGAAUGUUUGUAUAUGUUAUCAAUUAUAGACUCAAAUAUCAGUUGUAAUUAA